GUUGCUAAACCACACUUUGCUGCAAAAUAAUUUUUGUUGCCGCUAGGGUGCGUCUAGAUUUCUAGGCUAGUUUUCCACAUGACCUCCACAUCAUCAAGCAGAACCAUAGAGGUGUUGCGCAAUCUAUUUGCUGCAUAUGGUCUUCCGGAAGAGGUUGUGUCAGAUAAUGGACCCCAAUUCGCCUCCGCAGAAUUCAAGCAGUUCCUUGACAAAAAUGGAGUAAAACAAACUCUGGUACCACCAUAUCAUCCAGCGUCAAAUGGAGCGGCUGAGAGGUCGGUGCAAAUACUGAAGAUGGCGCUGGUGAAGCAAGUUCUUGACGCAAGGGGACAUCCCAGCAUCUCUCUGCAGCACAGGCUGUCAAACUUUCUGCUCAUGUACAGGGCGACGCCGCACGCAGUCACCGGUCGCUCCCCGGCUGAGCUGUUUUUAAAGAGAGAACUUCGCACCCGGUUCAGUCUUUUGAGACCAGAUCUGUCACGCACUAUAGAGCAUCAGCAGGCAAAGCAAAAGCUCUAUCAUGAUAAAGACAGACUGAAAUUGAGAGAGUUUCAGGAAAAUGACCAAGUCAGAGUGAAAAACUUCAGAGGAGGAGAUGAGAAAUGGACUGCCACGACGGUCAUAAAGCGCUUAGGUCCUGUGACAAACCGAGUCUGGGAAGGAAACAGACAACGAUCAGUUCAUGUGGACCACAUGCUGUGGAGAAGAGGAGAACUUAAGGAACUGGAGUCAUGCACACCGUUUGAGGGCCGGGACCUUACAUCCGAUGCCUCACUAGAGCCUGAUCUAGUAGAGGCCAGCGAAUUGAAACUGCCUGACUCCGACUCCUCAGAGAAGGGCAUCUGCCUGGGCCCAACAUUGUCGGGCAAUGUUACGUCCCCUCUGGGCAGCCAUAGCAGCACUGCUGUUGUACCUCCCGUAGUGCAGCCAAGGAGAAAUCCAGAGAGACUCAGGAAGGCUCCCAAGAGAUUGGACUUAUAAGGUGUCGGAAAAAGAAAAAUGGAACGACUGUUCUUGGUUCAAGAAGAUCUUGAAAGUUAAGUUUGGUUUGUUUGUGUGUGUUUUGUUUUCCCCCAGGUUUAAGCUUAAAGGGGAGGAAUGUAAUAAACUUGUUUUAUAUUUGUUGGGGGUUCUCAUGGGGCGAAGGCAGUAAGGUGAUUGGUUCAUAGUCACAUGACUCAGUGUAAUCAGGAAGCUCAGCAAUGUGCACGGAGCUGUGGAUGUGUGAUGAUUGCCGCUGUUCUUGGAAGUGAUCAGUAAAACUUAUUGAGUAUUGCAACCACCGUUUCCAGUGCCUCAUUCGAACUACAAGAUAUCACAGAAUCUGCUCCUUGAUCCUUGUUUCCUGAGUCCGGUAAUCUCCCUGAGUCUCGUUUGCUGAUGGAUGAUCUGAAAGAGAAAGACAUGUAUCACUGGACUGUGUUAGUUUGAUGUUGAUUACACUGAAGAGGAUCUGCCCACCUGGAAUCCUUCCUGCAACGUAUCCUCCUCGAAUUCACCACUGAAACUUUGAACACUCACCUUUGAACUUGAAAUAAAGAUUUAUGUUUAUUUACUUA